UCCGAGAUCGGGACACGUGAUGAUCUCCCGGGCGACAGCUGCUACGAAGCGGAAGGGGGCGGGGCCAGCGACUAACACCCGAGGUGGAGGCGCCACUGGGCUGGAGAUCAUAGACACGGUGCAACCGGUAGAUUUAGGAUUUUGUUGCCGUUCACGUGGUGGAUGUGGAUAUAAGGGCAGGAAAUAUUUUCACCUCCAGCUGGGACGUCCUUCGUUAAUGAAGAUGAAGUUGAGCUUGCUGGGGAUUCAUCAAAAUGCGCUCGCCUACUCCUUCACAACACUGGGGGCUGCACUAAUGAACAACCUCUAUAGCUUCUACUACGUGAACCUCUUUUUAAAUCGGUACAGAAUAUCUGAAAGGGACUUUCAGCAAGCACAGGUGGUCUUCAUGGUGUGGAAUGCCUUCAACGACCCCCUGUUUGGCUACUUGCAGGACAACUCCAGUCUCCGGUGCUGCACCCAGCGUAGGCUCUCCAUCCUGUUCGGUGCUCCGUUCUACGCCAUUGCCUUCCUGCUGCCCUGGUUCCCCUGGCGGGACUACUCAGAGGGCGACUGGCUCUGCGGGGUCCACCUGGUCAUCGCCCUGUGCGCCUUUGAUGGGAUGCUGACCUUUGUCCUGCUGGCGCAGUGCGCGCUCUUUGCCGAGAUCUCGACCAAGCACGAGAGCCGUUUGAUGCUCAUCAAAUACAACCAAGUGGCUUCGCUGGUUGGCUCCUCCGGUGUCCUGUUCUGCGGCCUUGUCUCCAGCAACAUGGAGAACAUCUUUAACUUCCAGCUCUUCAUGCUGUGCAUCGCGGGGCUGGCCUUCGCUUGCAUGUACUAUACCGGCCAGCACAGCGUCAGCCAGUACGAGCAAGGCGAAAGAUUGGGAAAGUGCAGAGCGGACAAUGUGGAUGACCUCUCCUGGACCUCCGUCUUCCACCUGACCAAGCAGAUCAUCACGGAGAAGGAUUUCCUGUUCUUCAUUAUCAUGAACUUCUUCCAGGUCUUCCACCUGGCCUUCAUGAACAACUUCAUGCUGAUCUUCGCCGACCACCUCAUCCCUCAGCAAGUGCUCUCGGGCUUUGCAAAGAGCAUCAUGUACGGAGCUGGAUUUAUCUGUCCGCAGCUCCUGAUUCUCAGUAGCCAGUCACUGCUGAAGAGGGUUGGUUACUACAAAAUCAUCCUCACUACCUUCUACCUGGAGCUGCUGAGUGCUGGUAUCAUGCUGCUUCUGGGCCCAAGUCAUCACUAUCUGUUGUCAGUCUUCCUUGUGGGAAACAUGGUGAUGGUAUCAGCAAUGUUCAGUCUCUUUAACUUGCCUCUGGCUGACCUUAUCGAUGCCGACCUUCAGAAGCACAAGCGCAGCUUCCCCCUGUCGUCCAUGGUGUUUGGGACCAAUGCCCUGUUUACGAAGCCAUCUCAGUCUCUAGCCCCAAUGCUGGUUGUGGCUCUACUUAACCAGUUUGACUACGAGAAGCUGAAGGAUGAGUUUACGCGAUCAGACCAAAGGUCUUGUGAUGCGAUGCCUUGGCGCUUCCAUACCCCACGAUGAUGCUGCCAGACAGGACACUCGCGGUGGAAGUUGAACUUCCUCGCUUCUGUAGGAAGUUGUUAGAAUGGGCUUGAUUUUAUUUGCAGAGAUUCAGAAUCAUGUUUAUUAUUAUUGAUGUAUGUCAUAAAAUUUGUUGUUUUGUGUCAUAAAAUAUACAUAUAUAAAAAUUAAAUAAGUAGUGCAAAAACAGUGAGGUAGUGUUCACUGAUUCAUUGUCCAUUCAGGAAUCUGUUGGUGGAGGGAAGAAGCUGUUACUGAAAC